AUGGCCUCGCGUUGGGGUUCUCUUGGAGGCAGUGGACGGUGCGCACGGAAGAGCUGUCUCAAGCGCGAGCGGACGUACUCGCCGUGCUUGCCUGGGGAGCGGCCUGUCACGCCACCGCCGUCCAAGCGCCAUGCGCCGCUGGAGGCAUCGGCGCCGGCCUUGGUGGCGCCGCGGGUGAUCCUUCCCCACUCGACACCCGUCCAUCCGACGAGCACCGGGGGCAGCACUGUGGCUCAGGCGGUGGACAUGCCGCAGGCUCAGGGCUCGCCCGCUCCGCUUCGGCGCUCGGUUGUCAAGCGCAUCAACUACCAGCCCCCGGCCGCCCUUGCUCCGCCGCCGCCGCCGUGCGAGCUCCGGGUCGUUGCCUCGCUCCGCGAAGAGGCUGCCCUGCUUGCCUGCCCGCCACUCGCCCGCUUUGAUCUCGGCAACAUGGCUGCGCUUGCACCCACAGGCUCGUUCUCCAUCGCCGCCGCGCUGCCCUCGCCGCUGCCGCCGCCGCCCUCGGCCUCGCGCCCUCUCUUUGUCCAUCGCGCCCGCGCAUCUGCCAUUCUCCACGCUCCGGCUCCAUCAGCAGCGCGACAUCUUGCCGACGCGGAGCUCCGCAGGGCGUAUGCCCGCCCGGCGUCUGCCUCUGCCGACCGAGCGGCGUCGGUGCCGUCGUCGCCAGCGCCGGCGGCGCUCACCCAUGCGCCACCCGGCUGCGACGUGCUCGCCGUCGACCAUGCAGCGUCUCCCACACGAGCAGCAGCGGUGGAGAGUCUUGUUGCCCGCAUGCGGGCCGCCCGCUCGCGCUCUGCUGCUAGUUUGACAAGCCCGGACAAGGUCUCACUCGACUCGCCGUCGCCGUCCCGACCGUGGAGCCCGCCACGGGCGCCGCGGGCUUCGCUGGCGGAGCUCCUAGACGACGCCCGCUCGCCGCUCCCAGUCCCAGUUCCUACCCAAGUCGUCGAUCCGAGCUCUCCGUUGCGCAUCCGCAUCGGCAAGCGCCGCCGCUUCCGCCGCAUGGUCACGCUGGCCACAGAGGUCAAGGAUGAGGUCAAGGCCGUGACCUCGUCGCUCGACUCGGCUGGCAACGACGAUUGCCUCUCCGAUGGCUCGCCGUCAUCGGACUACUCGGGCUAUUCGGCGACCGCGACGUCACCGCCUUCCUCUCCGCCGUCACCGGUCUGGCCGCUAGCGGGCAGCCCGACGCCUCCACCGGCCGAGGAACACUUUCUCACGCCACUCACCGUCCGCCGCUCUGCCACCCGCGAGCCGGCCUCGUCGACGGUCUCGUCUGAAGGCUCGACCUCGGCCCUGACAGCGGUCCAUCGGGCAACACCCAUGGCACUCUCACCAGCACCCGCCUCGUCGAGUUCAUCGUCGUCGACCUCGCUGCGGUUCGGCCUCUCGUCGUCGAGCUCCUCGCCCGACGACGCUGUCUCGGACGUCUCGAUGCUCUCUGCCUAUCACCGCAAUCGAGAGCACCGGCUGUGGCAACGUGGCAACAUUGACUCGGGCGUGGCCAAACGAGUUAUGGAAGAGAUUGAUCCGAAGCAGGCACGCCAGUCACUUGGCACGGCCGAGCUCGAUGCGCUCCUUGACUCGUCAGACGUGUCGACGGCAUCGUCGCCGACGCCUGCGCGCCACGUUGCCAUCCUUCGUAAGCGGAUGGCGGCUGCCAAGCUCAAGAACCACAGGCAUUCGCGCGAGCUUGCGCUCGACGAGUCGCAUGUUGUGCUUGGUGGCCUCUCGCCGGUGCCAGAGGCAAGCGCCUCGCGCGACUCGCUGGCCUCGCUGGCCUCGCAGCGCGAGUCGCUGGCAUCCGUCGUCGCACUCUUGGACACUGUUGAGGCUAGCGACGGCGCCGAGGCACUGCAGCUUGAGUGGUCGUCGGACGAUGGUGAUGCCGCCAGCUCGGUGGGGAGCGCCGUCCACCCCGAGCCGCACCGCGUCUCGCAGCCUCUCACGGCCGAGUCGCUGCAAGCUGCAGUGACUGCCGCACUACCGCCGCAUGUCGACUGGGACGAGGUCGGCAGCGAGUGGAUGGCCGAAUUUGAGUGGGUCGGCAACUUGCCCGCCGACGCGCGCGACGACGAGCUGGUGCUAACGGUCCAGAGAGGGACGCGCAUCCAUUUCCUGGAGGCCUCUAGCGACGGAAACGCCGAGUCUGAGUCCGCGUUGCCGCUGUUUGGCGUCCACAACGGACACUUUGAGCAGUCGUUGUGGUGCAUGACCGAGAGCGGAAAGCCACGGCUUGUGCGCGGGCUUCCGUGGUUAGUUGUGCUGCAUCUCGCGCUGCCACGUGCCCACGAAGCGCCGUUCUUUUUCCUCUUUACGCCGCUACUGAUCCGGAGCGGCUCAAAGGCACGGCAGGGCGUGUCGGCGGCUGGCCUUGCGGCUGUCAUGCUAGAGGCGUUUGAGGCGAGCUCCACACGGGCACAGCUCCGACUCGGCUCGCUGGUCCUCGAGUGGGUCCAUCGGCAUCCGGAGGACUUUAGUGAGUGUCGAGUCGGCGGGCGUCUGCAUGGGCUCAUGUCCAAGAUCGGCGCAAAGCUGAAGCUCAUUCUCCCGCUGUUUGGGACUCGGCUUGAUGCACUGUUCAACCGGGCGCUUGAGCUUGGCGCCAACGGCAAGCACAUUGCCGCGGCCCACGUGUUCGCGCACCAGCCGGGCAUUGAGCUGGUUGCCAUCGGCAGGCGGCAUCCGCUCGACGGCCUCGCGCUGCGGAACAGUCUCGCCACCAGCAUCCAGGUACUGAUUAAUCUGCCUGCGGAGCAGGUGGCUACUGCUCUGACGCUUGUGGACCUCGCCAUGUUUGAGCUUGUGGCAGACCGCGAGAUUGUGCAGCUUGUUCGCGAGCAAGUGGCUACUGGCGGCGCCUCGACUCUCGUCGACGUUCCUGCGGUCGGCGCAGUACUUGCGCGGGCGGUCCACAUCGAGCGGUGGGUCGUGACGUGCGUGUUGGGUGGGAUCUCAUCGACCCGGGUGCUAGAGGCUUUCAUCGAUGUGGCAUGGGAGUGUGUGGCUCUGCGCAACUUUCACACUGCGGUUGCGAUCGCGCGCGGACUCGAGGAUGAGGCCGUGCGGGGGUCAAGGAAGCGUGGCGUGGUUUGA